GCAUGCGCAGUAGCUGAAGCGCUGGAAAGAUGGCGGAGGAAGGGGAAAGAAAAAAGAUUCCUUUGGUUCCAGAAAAUCUCCUGAAAAAGAGGAAGGCUUAUCAAGCCCUCAAAGCCACUCAGGCAAAGCAGGCACUUUUGUCAAAGAGAGAGAGAAAAGGGAAGCAAUUCAGGUUCAGACGACUAGAAUCUUUCGUGCAUGAUUCCUGGCGGCAGCAACGUGACAAGGUGCGUGUCCAGCGGCUGGAGGUGAAGCCUCGUGCUUUGGAGGUGCCUGAUAAACAUUCCUUGGCCUUCGUCAUACGCAUGGAAAGGAUUGAAGGAGUGAGUUUAUUGGUAAAGAGCACCAUCAUGAAACUUGGCCUGAAGAAAUUGUUCAGUGGUGUCUUUGUCAAGGUCACCCCUCAGAGUGUAAGAAUGCUGCGCACGGUGGAGCCUUAUGUGACCUGGGGAUUUCCAAAUCUGAAGUCUGUCCGGGAACUCAUCUUGAAACGUGGGCAAGCAAAGAUUAACAAUAAGACAGUCCCUCUGACGGACAACACAGUGAUCGAGGAGCACCUGGGGAGAUUUGGUGUCAUUUGCCUGGAAGACCUCAUCCAUGAAAUUGCCUUCCCUGGGAAGCAUUUCCAGGAGGUCUCUUCAUUUCUGUGCNCUUUCCUCCUCUCUGUGGCCCGCCAUGCUACCAGGAACAGAGUGGGCUUCCGCAAAGAGAUGGGCUCCCCGGGCUACCGGGGAGAUCGGAUCAAUCAGCUCAUUCGGCAGCUCAACUAGAGCAGGUGAGGUUUUCCAAAAGCACCCCUCGGAAGUGUUUUUGUCGUUUAAAAUUAUCAAGUAUCUUCAGAGAAGAUUAUUUUCUGCCUUCAGAAACUGACAGUAAGGUGCGAGCACUGGAGACACUUAACACAGCUCAGUCCAUGGAAGGGGACGAUUUCCCUCAUUGGCUGCCUGUCUUGAAAUCCACGCAAGCUGUGGAGGAAAGAAUUACCCUGCUCAUCCUGCCUUCUAUCUUGGUGUUUAAUUUGGGUGGGCAACAAGCACAAACCUCCCUCCCACCCCCUCCAAGACUCAUAGAGCAGUGGGCCAGACCGAGCGGCGCACUUNAACAUGGACCAAGAGGGGCCCGGUUUUACUUUUUAUUUUUGUCAGGGUAGGCGGCCUUGUGUUUGCUUUGUUCCAGGCAGGGUCACCCUGUAGGCCCUGGCUGGCCUUACACUCCACAGCAGUCCUGCCUCCUCCUCCUAGGUGCUGGGAUUAAAGGAGUGCGCCGCCAUGCCCGGCUACAGCCUGCAUUUUUAUGCACAUUGGUCUGUUAAGCUAGUUGCAUUCUGUGGGGACUGAAGUUUAAUCACUUGUCUUCUAUUAAAAACUAGUGUUUGCCUGGGCCUGGUGUCUCAACCUUUAGUCGCAGCGCUUGGGAGGCAGAGGCAGGCAAACUUCCUGAGUUCAGGGACAGGCAAGCCUGCUCUACAGAUUUCCAGGAUACCCAGGGCUACACAUAGAGAAAAUGUUAAAGAUAAACAAAAAGCUGGACAGUGGUGGCACACACCUUUAAUCCCAGCACUCAGGAGGCAGAGGCAGGUGGAUUUCUGAGUUGUAGGCCAGCCUGGUCUACAGUCUACAGGACAGCCAGGGCUACACAGAGAAACCCUGUCUCAGAAAAACAAAAACAAAAACCAAUGCAGUGAUAGAUUGUUGUUUCCUAAACCACAUGUACCNAGGAAAUGCCCACUAAAUUUCACUUGGAUCAGUGUUAACUGAUCAUUGGGAAAUGAGGUGACCAAAAAUGCAUUGCAACCUUGGACAAACAGUCCUAGCUGUUUAACAUUCUGGGAUCCUGCAGAAUCCUGCAUCUUCCUAAGUAGGGAAGCACUGUAGCAUUGGAGUGCUUGCCUACUGCAUGAGAGGCCUGGAGGAGCUGAGCUAAGGCUUCCAUUUCUGGCUUGCUUGGAAUUUAAAACAAGUUUUUUUCUAUAAAGUAAAAGAUUGUUUUUAA